AUGCAGAUCCUCCGGCUGCUCGCGGCGCGGCGCUUCCGCCGCCGGCGCCGCGCGGUGUCCACGAUCACCGCCACCGCGACGGCGCCGGUCACCCCGCGCGGAGGCGGCUGCGGCGGGUACGGGUACGGCUGCGCGUACGGCGAGGACGAGGGCCCGUUCUUCGACCUGGACCUGUCCUGCUGCUCCGCGCCCGCCUCCACCGCGGGCAGCCAGGCGGCCGAGUCGGGGUCCGAGUCCGACGACUACCCCUCGUCAUGCCCCGCCGCCGCCGCCGCCGCCAACGCCCGCGGCGACCUCGACUUCGUCAUCUCGCUGCAGCGGAGCCGCUCCGCGUCGCCGUCCUACGAGGAGCGCCUCUUCUUCCGCAGCACCGCGGCGGCUGCGCCGGCGACCCCACUUCCCCCGCCGCUCAUGUUCUGCGCGUCCGAGCCGAGCGACGCCGCCUCGCGCGCCCGGAGCAGCAACGCGGGCCGGCGCGGGGGCAGCAGCAGCAUGCUGCAGCUGCGCACGCUCAGCUUCGGGUCCGCCAAGGCCGCCCUCUACGGCGGCCGCGCCAGCUUCUCCCGGAGCGCCAGCAGCAGCGCGCGCUCCGCCUACAGGCUCUUCGCCGCGUACGGCGGCGGCUCGCCCGACGUGCAGGACCUGCGGCGGGACGAGGCCAGGGCCCGGCCGCCCUCGGGCGACGUCUUCCGGCGGUACAUCAGCAAGAUCUCGAGCCGGCUGCGGCGCGUCGCGCCCGCCGCCGCCGCGGACCUCCGCCUCCAGAAGAGCCGCUCGGCGUCCGCGGCGCAGGUGUCGGCGGCCGCCGCCACCCAGUCCCCGCCGGCCCGCCGCGACGACUCGCUAGCCGAGAAGCAGGACGGCAUCGCGAGCGCCAUCGCGCACUGCAAGGAGUCGCUCCACCGAGCGUCCAUCUCCGAGCUCGACACGUCGCUGCUGCGGUCGCGGAGCGACCCGGGGCCUUGACGUCGCUGACCCUGCAGAUUAGGGAUGGAAACCGGAAGAAAAUAGAAAAAUAGAAACAGAAAGGCGGAUAUUCAAGAUAUUCGAAUUCGUUUUUAUACAAAUCCGGUUCCAUCCAAACUGAAGAUAGUGAAGAGCAAGCGCCAAGCCGGCUCGCCGUUUCGCUCGCUCGGCUCCGGCGACGGCGGCCGAAGGUUCGAGCGGAAUUUCGCGGCGGACGCGAGGAAAAGACGGCGAACCUGCCGCCGCGAGUACGAAUUGCUAAAAGGCUCUCGUGAAGAACAUGCAGGGGUCGGUUUCGCGAGCGGGCGCGAGAGAUCUUUAGUCUUGUUUAUGCGUGCGAGCGGGGCUCUUUUGGUGGGUUUUAGUUCAGGCGUGGGGAAAGAGCUACUUUUAGGCUCCUUUAGCCACCUCCCCCAUGUACAAGCGUGGAUCUGUGUCCCUCUCCACCUCCUUCGCUUUGUUAGGUUUUCUCUCUCCUUUUCCUUUUUGGUUCACUUUGUAGUUUGUACAAGAGAGUUGCAACACGAACACGACCUGUAAUUAGGUACCCAACCUUAUGCACCAUCUGGCUCGACGCCAAUGUCUGAAUCUCUUCUCUUUUCUCUUUGA